AUGAAGGAUUUUGAGUCCAUUAAAGAGUACUCAAAUAAGUUGAUUGGGAUUGCUAACAAGGCAAGAGCAUUAGGAACCAAUUUAUCUGACAAUAGAUUGGUGAUAGAAGUGGUUAGUGCUUUGCAAGCACAAGGGCAGAAGAGGUUGAUGAGACAAAAAGGAAGCAUUGAAGGGUCAUUGAAAACUAGAGUGCAGCAGAGAGAAGGUGGAAGAGAGAAGAAGAAGAAAGGGAAGAAGGGAAGUGGUAGUAGUAGCUUAGAAUCUGCUGCAAAGGAUGCUGGUAGUACAUGCAAGCACUAUGGGCAGCAGAAUCAUCCACAUUUUAGAUGCUGGAGAAGGCCAGAUGUGAAUUGUAGAAGUCAUUUAUUGGGGCACAUUGAACGAUUCUGUAAGGAAGCAAAAACUCAACAGCAAGGAGGAGCACAUGUUGGAGUACAUCAAGAAGAAGAUCAACUCUUUGUGGCUACUUGUUUCUCAUUAGUCACUCAAUGUGAUGGUUGGUUGGUUGAUAGUGGGUGUACCAAUCACAUGACAAGUGACAAAGAGUUGUUCAAGGACCUUGACAAGUCAUUUAAGUCAAGGGUGAAGAUAGAAAACGAUGAGUAUUUUGAAGUAAAGGGGAAGGGCAUAGUGUCAAUAGAGAGCUAUGCUCGAACCAAGUUGAUUAGUGAAGUGUUAUUUGUCCCUGAAAUUUAUCAAAACUUGUUAAGCAUUGGUCAAUUAGUAGAGAAAGGAUUCAAAGUGUUGUUUGAAGAAAGAAAGUGCCUCAUUUCUGAUUCCAAUGGGAAUAAGUUGUUCAAAAUAAAGAUACAGCACAAGAGUUUCUUGUUGGAUCCACUCGAAUAG